AUGUGCCUGACUCCCUCUAAAUUCAGCCAAGGUUUCAGUAAACCGUUACUGAUUUCUACCUCCUUCAGCAGUAGAGCUUCUUUCCAGUGUCGUUGCAUCAAACAUCAAGGCGGCCCAAAAGGCACUGAGGGGUUCUCUGUCCUAGAAUCAGACACCCCAUGUGAUGUUGGGAGUAUAUGGAGCUCUAUGGGUUUUUAUGUGUUCAGUAUCCACGUUCCUUUGAGCUUUGGCAGUUUAUCUGUGGCUGCCAAGGUAUUGCAUCAAACUGUUCUUGAUCCACAGAUUCAGGCAUUGUUGAUACUUGCAAUUCAAACUUUGGAGCUCAGUAUAGUUUUGCUUCUAUUUAAGUUUCCUGGAAAGCCUAAGCAUAGACUUUUAGACUUCUUUCAAGUUAACAAGGUGUCGAAUGGAAGGAACUGGUUGCUGGGAUCACUGCUUGGAUUUGGAUUUCUUGUUUCAUUGGUUUUCGUUACUUCAAUUCUUGCUGACAGAUUGAUAGGGCCCAAGGAUGUCAACAAUCCCUUUCUCAAGGAAAUUCUGUCGACUGGCUCAAGCUCUACAAUGGCCUGCAUUCUCGUCUAUUGCAAUGUCACUCCCUUACUGGAAGAAGUUGUCUACAGAGGUUUUUUGUUGACGUCGCUUGCCUCCACAAUGAAAUGGCACCAAGCAGUUGCAAUCAGCUCUCUCAUCUUCAGUGCAGCGCAUUUCUCUGCAGUUAAGACUGGUGAAGAGUUUCAAUUGGGGAUAAUGGAAAACAAUUCCCUUCGAAUUGCACAAUAA